AUGAAACGUGACGACGUACCACAAAACAACAGCGCAAGGGCUCCCAUUGCAAUCUCUGCUGCUGAUCGAAAAUAUUUAAACUCACUAACUGAUUAUAUCUUAGUUGAGAUUCGUCGGUGUUUGGGACUGAAUAAGAGUAAAGAUGAAGCAAUAGAGUACAUCUCAACUCAAAGAGAUAUGCAAAUACAUCCUGCUUAUGUAAAAACUGUGUGGGAAAGGUUGGAGAAGGAGAAUCCUGAGUUUUUUUAUAACUAUAACAAAGGAAUACAACAUCGUGAACAGCCAACUUUUACUCCUACAGUAAACGAUUCUCUGAUGGGGUACUCGGCUCAAGAACAGUUUCCUUACCCUGCUUACAAUCAACCUCAUUUCAACUCCACAAGCCAUGGAAUACCCAACCAUAUGCAUUAUCCCUUUAAUGUGGAAAACAAUGUGUUGAUGGAGAGCUCUGCCGCUAGUAUGGUUCAGUUUGUCCCACCAAUCAGUUCUACAUCAUCCACAUCCAAAAUGAUUGCAAAUGCUUCAUCUAGAGCAAGUUCACAAGGGAUUGUAAAUGCUUCAUCCACAGCAAGUUCACAAGGGCUGAAGCUCGCACAAGAUAAUGGCGAUUUAUAUACUGAAUAUCUUUGGGAUUAUCCCUUGCCACAGCCGACAUCAAAUGUGUUAUCUACGGACUCAGGAGCCCUUGGAGCCAAUUUUCCUCCUCUGCCAGAUAAUUUUGAGUUGACGUAUGAUGAAUUAGAAGUUUAUGAGCUCAUCUCAAAGUGGCAAUGAAACUAACCUUGCAAUUUGAAUCCCUCAAGAUCCCAAGCACGCACGAGAAUGUGA